AUGGCUCAAAUUAUGAUUUUUGCCAUUGAAGAGAUUAACAGAAGUGAAAGUUUGCUCCCAAAUGUUUCUAUUGGCUACCGGAUUUACGAUACCUGUGGUUCAAGACUGUCUGCUAUGAGUGCAACUAUGGGCCUGAUGAAUGGACCAGAGUUUUCAGCAGAGAACAGAUGCACAGGACAGUCUCCUAUACAUGCUAUCAUUGGAGAAACAGAGUCUUCUGCCACAGUGAUUCUGUCCAGAACUACAGGACCUUUUAAAAUUCCAGUGAUAAGUCACUCAGCCUCAUGUGAAUGUCUCAGUAAUAGAAAAGAUUACCCUUCAUUCUUCAGGACUAUUGCUAGUGAUUACCACCAAGGCAGAGCACUUGCAUACAUAAUCAAGCAAUUAGGCUGGUCUUGGGUGGGAGCUGUGAACAGUGACAAUGAUUAUGGAAACAAUGUUAUGGCCAUAUUUCUGAAUACAGCUCAGAAGGAGGGGAUUUGUGUGGAGUACUCUGUGAAAUUCUACCGAACAGAGGCUGAAAAACUAAAAAAAGUGGUCGACACAAUUAAAAAAAGCACAGCAAAAGUGAUUGUUGCAUUCGUUUCACUUAUUGAAAUGGGCUUACUUAUUGAUCAGCUAAGUAUUCAGAAUAUUACAGGCUUUCAAUUGAUUGGAGGGGAGGGAUGGAUAACUGCAAAGAGUUUGAUCACUCCUAAGAGUUUUCAUGUGAUGGGAGGGUCACUGGGGUUUGCAUUUAGAAAAAUCAAUAUUGACGAGUUUUCAGAUUAUGUUAUAAAGGCAUUCUGGGACACAGCAUUUCCAUGCUCAAAGACUGAGGGUAAUUCUUCUCAAUAUGCAUUAAGCUGCAGCAGAUAUCAAGAUCUACUUACACUUAAAAACAACAAUGAAGAUGUGCCUGAUCAAAGAUAUGCAAACAAUGUCUACAAAGCGGUUUAUGCUGUGGCUCAUUCACUACACAGUCUAUUGAAGUGCAAAGAACAAGAAGGCUGCGAGAAAGGUCUGCUAAUACAACCAAAACAGGUAAAAAAAAAAAAAAAAAAAAAGUGUUAAUACAUGUUAAUAGCCCAUGCUUUAAAAAUAAUGUACCAAAACUGUCUUUAUCACUAGGUGGUUGAAGCUCUAAAAAAAGUAAAUUUCACCGUGAAGUUUGGUGAUCAUGUGUGGUUUGACAGCACUGGUGGCGCAGUAGCCCAUUAUGAAGUCGUAAACUGGCAGCAGGACUCAAAUAGAUCAUUCCAGUUUAAACCAGUGGGUUAUUUUGAUGCCUCUCUGCCCCCUGACCAGAGCUUUAUGCUUAACACUAAAAAUAUCAUUUGGGCUGGAGGACAGCUGGAGGUAAAUGACAGUCUGUUUGUACUACAGGAUGUGUUUAAAUGACAGUAAAUUUAAAUAUCAAAGAUUUUAAAAAGAAAUACUUGUCUUUUAUGAAAGACAAAAGAUACUGCAUCAUAUGGGUACAUGCAUUAUAAAACCUGAACAUUGCCUCUUUUCAAAGCUCUGCCUCUAUGCAAAGUUUAGGGCACAACAGUA